UAAUGUUUGAUUAGACUUUUUUAACAAACUUACAGUGAUAAUGCUUGUUUCAGCUAUAACAUGAUAUCAGUAGAAAUGGUUUAAUCGGACGCAGACGACACGACAGAGAAGAAAAUGGAUUUAACCGACGCAAAUCCUGUUGGAAACCAACUUCAAACUCCAGUUCAGGCUCCCAGAAGGAAGACAAGUCGGGCUGAAUGCCCAGUUGAUCGUGAUUCGCCCGUGUACAACAUGAAACACCGACGCCGAGGAAAAGCUUACAUUUUCAACCACGAAUGUUUCGAUCCAUCGUUGGGGCUGAGCAGGAGAGUCGGAUCAAGUACGGACGUUUCGAAUCUUAAGAUUGCAUUACAGGGAUUGGGUUUCCAGGUGUUUUGUUUCAACGAUCUUGGAGUAUGUGACGUCCGUAAAAUGAUCCAACUACUUGCAAACGAAGAUCACAGUGAGUGUGAUUGCGUCAUGGUCGUUGUACUGUCACACGGCGAGAACGGCUUGAUUUACACAAACGACUCGGUUUAUCACUCGGACGAGUUAUGGUUUCCAUUUACCUCUGACAAAUGCCCAUCUUUGGCCGGAAAGCCCAAACUGUUUUUCAUUCAGGCAUGCCAAGGAAGCAAAAUGGAUAAGGGAACACUGAUGCAAUGCGACUCGGCCAUAGAGAGGGAUUCUGUCGUUGAGGAAUACUCCAUUCCAACAUUGGCGGAUUUUAUGAUUACAUAUUCCACCGUUCCAGGCUACGCGUCUUGGCGCAACACCGAGAAUGGCUCCUGGUUCAUUCAAUCCCUUUGUCACAUUUUCAAAGAGUACGGUAAGUAUGAAGAUUUGCUCUCGAUGAUGACCAUGGUCCUGUUAAAGGUUGCAACUCUCGGCAAGGGUUACGCGCAAAUACCGUGCGUCACUAGCCAGCUCAUCCGUCGCGUUUAUUUCUACCCGAAAAUGAAGGUUUGAAGCCCCCUCCCCCAUGACAUUCUAGCGUGCCUUUGAGGGGUUUUUUUCUUGGAAGUGAAGUAGAGUUUUCGGGUGAGCAUGGUGGUUAAGGAUGGGAUCUGCUUAUCGCCGAGUUCGUUUGCGAAGGAAAUGGCGACUUUUCUUUGGACG